AUGGGAGGAAUGAAAGAUGAGGCCCAAAGGAUAACAAUUCCUCCAUUGUUCCCAAGGGUUCAUGUAAAUGAUACUGGAAGAGGAGGCUUGUCUCAGCCAUUUGGUGGCAAAUCAAUGUCUCUCUGUAAACGUUCCACUCUUCCUUCUCCGACCAAAAAGAUCUCUGAUUCUCCUUCCACUCUCUCUCUGUCUCUUCCUCCACCACCCAACAGCACACAUCUUAUUGAUCGACCUGAAAAGAAUCAGUUUCCACCAAUCUGUAACACUUCUCCAGCAUCAAAGUUUCAUGGCAAGAUGAUUAAAAAAGGCAUGAAUUAUCCAAGUCCCAGAGGAUCAUCAGUUACUAAUACUAAGCAUAGUUCAAUAAAACAAAAUGAAUACCAUUUCAAGAACCUCACCAGCUUGGACUCUCUUAAAGUUCCUCCCGUUAUAAGCUCAGAAGCAGAUCCACAAGCAAACACAGAUUUGUCGCUCCAGUUUUGUAAUAUCAGUAGCAGCAAAGCUAGAGGAGAAGCUGCUGGUUCCAAAUCUGCCCUGAACAAUCUUCAAAUUCAAGAGUUACUUUUACAAGAAUCUUUGGAAGAUGAAAAAAGCCAGAAUGGGUCACAUAAUGUGAUGAAAGCUCAUUUGUCUAGAAGAAGAGCCCUUGAUGGAUCUAACGUUGAAACUCAAAAGAAGCCCAAAACUCUGCCUCCGCGAGAACAGGACGUCUCAGAGUGUUCUGCAAUAGACUCUUUGUCUGGUAUGAGUGCAGCUUCUAAUGAUGUUGCUAGAGUGAUAGGUGACAAGAGGUUUUGGAAGAUGAGAACUUACAUGAUCAAACAGCAGAAGAUCUUCUCGGCGCAGGUCUUUGAGCUACAUAGACUGAUAAUGGUUCAAAAAAUGGUUGCAAAAUCGCCAAACUUGGUUCUUGAAAGUAAGCUUAAUGGUGGAAAACGUGGUGCAAUGAGGUCAUCACAUUUGCUUGAAAUGGCUGCUUCAAAGGUUGAAAUACCAAACACAGAGAACCACAAACCUCUAAGCAAAGAAUAUACAGAGCAUAUGAAACCAAAGCUUCCUCUACCUUCCUUAAGCAAAGACCUCGUGGCUCCAAUUUGGCCACAACAGCUACUUCCUCCACCUGGAAACCAAUGGUUAGUUCCUGUAAUGUCUCCUUCAGAAGGUCUGGUCUAUAAACCAUACACAGGACCAUGUCCUCCUCCUUCUUCAGCUUUCAUGGUUCCAAUUUAUGGCCAAGAUUCGCUCGACACAGCAAUCAGGUUCCCUGUUUCUCCUCACUUUAGCCAAAGCUACUUCCCAGCGCCUAACGCGAUGACGACACUUGACCAGACAAACCUGUUUGGUCAGUUGCCAAGAUGGUCCAGCACAUCGAGCCACAUGACUCAAGCGAUUCCGUUUUCAUUAAAGAAGACGUCUCAAGGAUCUAAUGAAAGCACAGCUUCAAGUCCACCAGAGAAACAUAAGUUCGAUGUGCUUCCUCUUUUCCCUACAGAGCCUACUCAUCACACUGAUGAGUACAAGCAGAAACAGCAACCUCUGUUUCGCGCCAUUAAAGCCGUUCCUCAUAACUCAACAUCUGCCUCUGAAUCUGCUGCAAGAAUCUUCCGUUCCAUUCAGGAAGAAAGGAGGGACACCGAUUAUAUGAUUUGUUAG